UAAGUCCACCCUCUGCCACCACGACCUCCAGUUUAAAUUCCACUAGGUCUAGGAAUAUUUUGGAGGAACAACAACCAAGUACCAAGUACCUUAUAGAUAGGUCUAGGUGAUUUUAUUAUUUGCGAUAACGGUGAUACAGAUAACCAUGGCAAAGACAAGCGAUCCCGAGAAGAAAUGUGAAAAUGCCCCCCCUGAUGGGGUGGUAAAAGAGGGACCUGAAGAAACAGCACAUGGGUGGCCAUGUCUGAUCUCCCUGAAAAGAAGCAGCCCAUGUGAGGAGAAAGAAAGUCGGAAGAAUUCCCCAGGCUUGAAGGAGAAAUCAGAAGAAAUUGCUGCAUCAGAACAGAAUACAUCGAAGGGGAAGGAUAGGUCACUUCCAUGCUCAAAUAAGAAACGCAAACGCAAGACAUGGAUCACCGAGUUGGCAGCCAAGGUUUGCAUCCUGAAUGCUUAUGAGCCCAAGAACAAGUGGAUGUACCUUUUAAUAACGUUUGGAAUGUUGUUAUCAGGAGCUUAUGGAAAAGGAGUUGAAGUUAAACUUAAGCCCUCUAGGUAUGUUUCUAUAGCGACCAACAAGACUAUAGCUGCCACUGACCCAGUUCCUCAAGCCCAAAGCUACUUGAUCUUUGCAAGUGGUGGAAAUCACCCUAGAAGCUACAACUGUACUUCAGAUUUUGUGGAAAAUAAUCAAAAUUGCAACGUUGUCGUGGGGGACAAGAGUAAGACUGAGUGUGGAGGAUUGCGGAUCUUUGAAAAUGAGACUCACACUCACCUUGCUGUAGAUGGAUCAAAACUGACCCAUGACCACACAAGAUUCUGCAUCUAUCAACAAGCCCCAGGAAACUUCUCCCUUUACUUUCUGGUCGUGUACAAGAAUCAAGACAUUGAUGAAUGCGCAUCUAGCCCGUGUGUGAACGGAGGAAUGUGCGUGGAUGGACAUGACUCAUACACCUGCAACUGUGCAAAAGGCUACAACGGAGCUAACUGCGAAAUCGGUUCCGAUUCUACAUACUGGAAGAAUGCCUCCAUAAUUCUGGCCAUAAUUCUGGCCAUAAUUGUGAUCUUAACUCUGGCCUACUUCCUAUGUUGCAGAAACAAAUCAAUGGAACAAGUACCCAUGGAUGACAUCGGGAAGGGACCAUUUUGUCCUGAACGAUCUAUCUAAAGCUGAACGAGGAGAUGAUGAAGGAGCCACCAAGUUUUCUCUUUAAAUUUCAAGGCCUUUUUUUUCAUCAUUUGUUCCUUUUUUUUUUUUAGGGGAGGGAGUUUUCUUUUAUUUUUCAGUUGGGUAUUAAACAUUAGCAAUUCUGUAAUCUCCCUGUAAAUCGGAAAGAUAUAAUAGCCCCUUCCGUAUCUUCAUUUUUUUUUCCAACUUUCACCUAAAAUGAGAUGGGCAAUAGCGUUAGAGUCGCGCAUGUUUAUUACUAUAGUUUCAGGAGAAGAAAGAGAUUAAGAGGAAAUUAAAGAUAAAAUCUGAGAUAUAAAGUGGUCUGAGAUUACCUACAUAUUUGGGAGAUGAAAUCUUGCUGAUCAGAAUACCACCCAUGGGUGUUAUAUCCUGCAUACAAAAUUUAUUGUUUUUUGAUUGGUUGAGAGCUCUUUACGUGACCAGAAUCAUUUAAACUUUUUUAUAGUUGCUCUGAAAAAGUACUAUUUAGGAAUACUAUUUGGAAGUAGAAGUACUAUUUGGAAGUAGAAUUACUAUUUGGAAGUACAAGUACUGUUUGGAAGUACAAGUACUAUUUGGAAGUAGAAUUACUGUUUGGAAGUACAAAUACUGUUUGGAAGUAGAAGUACUGUUUGGAAGUACAAGUACUGUUUGGAAGUACAAGUACUGUUUGGAAGUAGAAGUACUAUUUGGAAGUACAAGUACUGUUUGGAAGUAGAAGUACUGUUUGGAAGUACAAGUACUGUUUGGAAGUAGAAGUACUGUUUGGAAGUACAAGUACUGUUUGGAAGUAGAAGUACUAUUUGGAAGUAGAAUUACUGUUUGGAAGUACAAGUACUGUUUGGAAGUAGAAGUACUAUUUGGAAGUACAAGUACUGUUUGGAAGUACAAGUACUGUUUGGAAGUACAAGUACUGUUUGGAAGUAGAAGUACUAUUUGGAAGUACAAGUACUGUUUGGAAGUAGAAGUACUGUUUGGAAGUACAAGUACUGUUUGGAAGUACAAGUACUGUUUGGAAGUACAAGUACUGUUUGGAAGUAGAAGUACUAUUUGGAAGUAGAAUUACUGUUUGGAAGUACAAGUACUGUUUGGAAGUAGAAGUACUAUUUGGAAGUACAAGUACUGUUUGGAAGUACAAGUACUGUUUGGAAGUACAAGUACUGUUUGGAAGUAGAAGUACUAUUUGGAAGUACAAGUACUGUUUGGAAGUACAAGUACUGUUUGGAAGUACAAGUACUGUUUGGAAGUAGAAGUACUGUUUGGAAGUACAAGUACUGUUUGGAAGUAGAAGUACUGUUUGGAAGUACAAGUACUGUUUGGAAGUACAAGUACUGUUUGGAAGUACAAGUACUGUUUGGAAGUACAAGUACUGUUUGGAAGUAGAAGUACUGUUUGGAAGUACAAGUACUGUUUGGAAGUACAAGUACUGUUUGGAAGUACAAGUACUGUUUGGAAGUACAAGUACUGUUUGGAAGUACAAGUACUGUUUGGAAGUAGAAUUACUGUUUGGAAGUAGAAGUACUGUUUGGAAGUACAAGUACUGUUUGGAAGUACAAGUACUGUUUGGAAGUAGAAUUACUGUUUGGAAGUACAAGUACUGUUUGGAAGUACAAGUACUGUUUGGAAGUACAAGUACUGUUUGGAAGUAGAAUUACUGUUUGGAAGUAGAAGUACUGUUUGGAAGUAGAAGUACUAUUUGGGAGUACUAUGUGGGAGUUGAAAAUUCAGCAUGCAUACGGGAAUUCAAAUGUCUCCAGCGGGCAACUCCCGCGGUGUCACGGCGCUCACGUCAUGCAAUUUACGCUGAGCCGCAAUACCUGUAUAGCCUCAGCUAAUAAUACAUUCUUCAAUGUUUCAUUUGGUCUACUUGUUGUAAAAAUUCACCAUACAGCUAUUAAAAUGGAACUGUUGUGGAUGAAUGAAACAUUGAAGGAUGUGAAUAUGUUUGAAACAUUGUUCGUUUAACGUUUGAGACACUGUAAAAUAUGUUAAUCGUUGACGUUAGAGCUAGUUCGAGCUAGAGUAAGAUGAAUUUGGAUUCGUUAGAAAACCAGUUGGAAACCUCAAGUAGUUUUAACCAGAACCUCUCAAGACAGUGUAUAUUUGUAUACAACACGUCUUGAUAAUACAUGUAGUUUACUUAACCCUACUGUAUAAGUAUGAAUGAUGUACAGUCAAACAUGCUUUAACACAUCUUGUGUUUCUUCUAAAAUGUGUGUUUAUGUGAACAUGUCAAGACCAUGUGCCUAGCUAGAGAGAACACUUUGUAUAUCUCCUUUUGGUGGUCUUUCUAUACAGAUUUAAAUGUAUAUACUGCUCCUAGUUUUAAAGGGUUUGUGAUUGUUAAAUGUUUCAGAUUGUAGCUUAACGCUGUACUGUAGGUACAUUUUGUAAAUACACUGUACAACACACAUGAACAUGUAAGGUGGUGUGACCAUAGUUUGUGCGUGCCCUUAAUUCGCGGACAGUUCCAUAUCUGUAAGAUUUUGAAAAUCACAGUUUUACAACAACAUUCCCUAUUAAAGGAGCCCCCGUGAUCAGAUGUGAAUUUGUAGUUUAUUUAGAGAGUGAAUGUAUCUUAAUGUUUGAGGUUGGUUAACAUAUAUUAUGUUUCCCCUAAAACAUGUGUUAAUGUAAACAUGUCAAGCCCAUGUACCUAGCUAGAGAGACUACUUUUUAUAUCUCCUUUUGGUGGUCUUUCUAUACAGGUUUAAAUGUAUAUACUGCUCCUAGUUUUAAAGGGUUUGUGAUGGUUACCGUAAAUGUUUCAGAUUGUAAUUUUACACUGUAGGUACAUUUUGUUAAUACACUGUACAACACACAUGUACAUGUAAGGUGGUGUGACCAUAGUUUGUGCGUGCCCUUAAUUCGCGGACAGUUCCAUAUCUGUAAGAUUUUGAAAAUCACAGUUUUACAACAACAUUCCCUAUUAAAGGAGCCCCCGUGAUCAGAUGUGAAUUUGUAGUUUAUUUAGAGAGUGUAUCUUAAUGUUUGAGGUUGUAAACAAAUUCUAUUUAUUUGGUGGAUACAGGUUUAAAGGUACUAUGUCCCAUUUGCAGGCCAAAAAAAUGAAAAA